CUGGAGGACUGAGCUCUGGGACCCUCCGCCUCACAGGGUAUCAACUCAUGAUUAUACUUGGUUGUUGUAGUUUGUCCCUCUCCCUGCUCCCCUCUGUAAUAUUGCCUGUGUCCUGAAUGUAUUCUCAGUGUUGCCCACAAGGCUGGGAGUUGUGCCCUGCGCCCUGCAGUAGUGGAGUGAAAAAUGGUUUCACCCCUCUAACUAUGAGCAGCAGUAAUUAGGGUCACUGACAACUACAGGGAGACCUCACCUGACCCUCCAAGUUCAGAUCCCAGCUGCACAGGCUCAGGGGUCUCACAUUCAGAGUGGGGCUCCUGGUCCAUGGUUGCUGAAAGCUGAAGUAUUUACUUCUGGGUCCACACUUUGCCCUUUGCUGCAGGCAUGUGGCCUAACUGAAGCUGAGGGAGUUGCAUGGAUUCUGUGCCUUCGCUGAGUCUGUCCUCUCUGAUGCUUCCCACCUUCGUGGUCUUUCCACUGCCCUGUGGUCGUGUCACCACCUGCUGCCGAUCCCUGGUUACACAGUGAGAACAAGAGCAGCCAUAGAUCACAGCAGCGUUUCCUUCCUCUGCUGCUACAGUUGCUGCUCUUCUCCCUCUUGCAAACUUCUCUGGGGAGCCCUCCUUCCCUGCCACUCCUUUGUUCCCCAGCCUCUUUCCCUCCUGCCCAGCCUCGGGGCUCGGGCUCCGCCUCCUUGAGUCCCCUGGCGCAGUACCCCGGCCCGGCGGCGGGGAGAGCGGGACUGCGACUCAGUGCACGCCCAGCGGCCGGGCUCGGGGCAGCGAUGGGGGCUCUGCAGCUGGCUCAGGAGUGGGACCGGCUGCUCUACUGGGGGGCCGGAGUCGUCACUCUGCUCUUCGCGCUGCUGGCAGCCUUCACGUUCCGCCUGCUGCUGGAUUACCUGGGGAAGUGGAAAGCGCUGAAGCCGAUUCCAGGGGUCAGCCCCUGUUACCCUCUGCUGGGAAAUGCUCUGCUCUUCGAGCGCAAAGGGGAAGAUUUCUUUAAACAAAUAGUAAACAACUUAGAAGAAUACAGGAAUCUACCCCUGCUAAAACUUUGGAUAGGACCAUUACCUUUUGUGAUUUUAUAUCAUCCAGAUGCUGUGGAGGUUGUUCUAAACAGUUCAAAGCACAUAGAAAAAUCUUUUCCGUACAAAUUCCUACAUCCAUGGCUUGGCACAGGACUUCUAACAAGCACUGGAGAUAAGUGGCGUUCCAGAAGGAAAAUGAUAACUCCCACAUUCCACUUCACAAUCUUAGCUGAUUUUCUAGAAGUUAUGAACGAACAAGCCAAUAUUUUGGUUGAUAAACUUGAAAAGCAUGUUGACAAAGAGCCCUUUGAUUGCUUUCUAGACAUCACUCUCUGUGCCCUGGAUAUAAUCUGUGAAACUGCGAUGGGCAAGAAUGUUAGUGCGCAGAACAAUAGGGAUUCUGAAUAUGUCCGUGCUAUUUAUAAGAUGAGUGACCUCAUUCAUCAUAGACAGAAGUCUCCUUGGCUUUGGUCUAACUUGAUGUACCCUAUGUUCCAAGAAGGAAGGGAACAUACUAGAAGCCUCAAGAUCCUUCACAGUUUUACUGACAAUGUUAUUGCAGAAAAAGCUCGUGAAAUAGAGAACGACACACAACAGAAAGAUGACUUUGAUGACAACUGCGAACAAAGUGUGCCCAAAAGGAGAAGGGCUUUUCUUGAUAUGCUUCUCAGUACAACUGAUGAUGAAGGGAACAAACUGAGCUACAUGGAUAUUCGAGAGGAAGUGGAUACUUUCAUGUUUGAGGGGCAUGAUACAACAGCUGCUGCUAUGAACUGGGCCAUCUACUUACUUGGAUGCCAUCCUGAAGCCCAGAAGAAAGUUCACAGAGAAUUGGAUGAAGUGUUUGGGAAUUCUGACCGGCCUGUCACAAUGGAUGACUUGAAGAAGCUCCGAUAUCUUGAGUGUGUUGUUAAAGAAGCCCUUCGUCUCUUCCCUUCUGUUCCAUUCUUUGCCCGCACCACAAGUGAAGAUUGCCAUAUUAGAGGAUUUAAGAUACCAAAAGCAACAGAGGUAGUCGUGGUUCCUUAUGUGCUGCACAGAGAACCGGAGAUUUUCCCAGACCCAGAAGAAUUUAGGCCUGAGCGAUUCUUCCCUGAGAAUUCUAAGGGAAGGCACCCAUAUGCAUAUGUGCCCUUCUCUGCUGGACCCAGAAACUGUAUUGGCCAGCGCUUUGCACAGAUGGAAGAGAAAGCUGUUCUAGCCAUCAUCCUACGGCGCUUUUGGGUGGAAACUAGUCAAGAGCGAGAAGGGCUUGGCCUUGUGGGAGAACUAAUACUUCGCCCAAAUAAGGGCAUCUGGAUCCAACUGAAGAGGAGAAGAGUGUGUGUGUGUCAUUAGAAGAAAGCUCUCAAGGAUUUUAGAUCUUAAAAUGUGCUAUAAUAAUCUCAGCUAGCAGUUGAUUCUCAUUGAGAUUUAUGUAAAUCUCUGCAUUUUAAAUGAUUGUAACCAUUUAUAAAGGAACUCAGUAUCAAAUUA